UGAUUCUUUUGCAGAAAGACUCGUUUUUACUACCGCCUGAAACCUCUUUCCUAGAAGAGACUCUUGUCAACGCUAUGAGGGCAGGAAAUGCUACGUACGAUCAGAUGGGCUUGAAGGGGUUUCUGAGUGCAUACGAUGUUGUAAGCAUGGAACCCUCGCCCACCCUUCUAGCUUCGGAGGAUUAUUUCAUACGACCGGGAUGUUGGCAGGGGCUAGUAGAUUUUGUCUCCGGCAGGCUACGUUCUUUCACUGAUGACAAAGUGGUGGCUGGCGUGCUAGUUGUAUCACCUUAUUCAUUUGCAGUGUGCUACCUGCAGGAACACAGCUUGUUCAUUGUGUUUGACAGCCAUUCACAUGGUAACGCAGGUGGCUUGAUUGGCAGAGUGCCAAAGAAUUUUGCUGCUAAAUACUUUGAAGAGUUCCUUGGUCGCCACUAUGCACACCUAGAAUUUGUUCCUUCUAGUAGCAACAAAGUAGCGCAAUUUACAAGCUUAAUCGUUAAGGAUUUGUGGUAAAUAAAACUUUCUGCUGUUCUUUAGUUCUAACAGUUAUGGAUAUAUAGUAAAUAACUGUUGCUGCUGUUCUGCAAUUACGCGUAGUAGCAUUUCAUUAAUACACUGUACCAAGAAAACGUGCAAACAAAAAAUGCGUGGGCGCGGUCAUUCUAAAUUCUAAAUUAGGUGGGCGUGGCCGUGCGUCACUGCGCCUACGGAUAUUUUGCUCUUCCAAGUG